AUGAAAAUAUUGAAGACCAUCACUGAUGACCCACAAGGGUUCAUAGAGGAUGGGGGAUGGGAAUUCUUGAACAUGGAAGCUAGUGAUUAUGAUUCCGAGAACUCAGAGGACUCAGAUCAAGGUUAUACACCAUCAGAGGCUGAGCCUGAGUCGGACUCGGAGGAUGAUGACUUAGACAGUGAGUCGCUUGUAGAAUCUAAGGACGAUGAGCAGGAGGAGGAUUCAGAGGCAGACUCAGAGGACAAGAAGGGUAAGACAGGGGAGGAGUUGGAGAGAGAAGCUAGCCAUGCAGACAGGGAGAAAGGGAAUGAGUCUGACAGCGAGGAGGAGCGGAGGAGGAGGAAGAUGAAGGCGUUUGGAAAGUCCUGGGCUGGUCCUAGUAGUAGUGCUCCUAAGUGGCCAAAGUUUUUAAGAUAG